CUAGAUUGUGUUCAACAUCUCUUCCUACCUACGUAAUGCUUAGGGUCUGUUUAGGACACAUCUAGAUAUGACAUAAUUUAACCUUGUGUUCACUAUGUUUGUGCUCUAUUUUUUUUAUUGUCCUAGAUUUUUUUUUAUUCCUUGUUGCUGUGUUAUUUAUGAGAGUUUAGAUGUGACAUCCUUAAAAAAGUAUCUGCAGCAUGCAUGUGACACCCAAUUUACUAUUCUUCUUCUUCUGCCCCUCCCUCCCCUAAUGUAGCCAUGUACGUAGUAGCUACUAGGCUGUAAGUACUAUUUUUUUUAUUAACAACUAACCAGAUAUCCUUGUCAUCUGCAAACUAUGCAUUAUUAUUAUUAUUAUAUCUUGUUGAUUCUUACUGGCAAUGUAACAAGCCUAGUUAGUAGUAUUCACCGAACCUUCCUUUUUGUUUGUUUCAUGUCUUGUUUCACACACCACACCACACAGAGAGGCUAUGACCCGCAGUGGCUGUCCAUCACCUUCUCCAAGGCUAUUUUCCUCGGAAAUGGCCUGAUUGCCAUCAUAGCUGGGCUGUUUGCUAACCUGCUCGCUGACAACUUGGGCUUUGGUCCAGUGGCUCCUUUCGAUGCCGCCGCUUGCUUCCUGGCAAUUGGCAUGGCUAUCAUCAUGUCCUCAUGGAGUGAAAACUAUGGAGAUCAAUCUGAAGGCAAGGACUUGAUGUCCCAGUUCAAGGUUGCCGCCAAGGCAAUCGCUUCAGGUAUAUAUUAUGCUUACCGCGCGCUUCACUUCCUUUAUUGGACGGACGGACUGCAACACAACCAACAUUAUUAAACGUGUAUAUAUUGUCAACUUAGAAGAAGAAGAUUUGUUAUUCUCACACUAACCAUGAACGAACGAACGAACGAAUGAAUCUCCAGAUGAGAAAAUCGCAUUGCUGGGAGCCAUUCAGUCGUUGUUUGAGGGCUCCAUGUACACUUUUGUCUUCCUUUGGACUCCAGCAUUGAGCCCAAAUGACCAAGACAUUCCUCAUGGCUUUAUAUUUGCCACCUUCAUGCUGUCAUCUAUGCUGGGUAGCUCCAUUGCUUCACGCCUACUGGCCCGCAAGAUGAAGGUUGAAGGUUAUAUGCAGAUCGUGUUUGCAGUGUCGGCCUUUACCCUUUUCCUCCCAGUUGCCACCAGUGUAAGACCAAACAGCUCACCGCUACUGUUUCUUUCUUUCUUUCUUUCUUUCUUUCUUUCUUUCUUUCUCUGCCUUUCUAAGAUAGAUUACCUUACUGAUAGCAUGUUCGUAUGUGUGUGACAGCUUCUGGUGCCGACGUCUUCAGUGAAAGGAAGUGGCAUCUCGUUUGGUGGCUCUCUACAGCUGCUUGGUUUCUGUACCUUUGAGUCAUGCGUCGGCAUUUUCUGGCCAUCUAUCAUGAAGAUGAGAUCUCAGUAUAUUCCUGAGGAGGCGAGAAGCACCAUCAUGAACUUCUUCCGCAUACCACUGAACCUGUUUGUCUGUGUGGUGCUUUACAAUGUGAAUGCUUUCCCUAUCACCGUCAUGUUUGGCAUGUGUUCCAUCUUCCUCUUCAUGGCGGCAAUCUUGCAGAGACGGCUCAUGCUUGUCGCUGACCUACACAAGCUAUCCACAAAAUCACAAGAGAUGACCGCGCAAGACGAGCCUCUAAAUCCUUGAAAGGCCAACACACCCAAGAGUGAAUCAGAUACGCCAUACUCCACCUGGGUGCUGGCGGAAUAAGAUGGAAUUGGGGAAAGCAAAAUAUGUUUUGAUUGUAAUAUUUUUUCUGUAGCGUAGAUCAGAUCGAUAUUAUUAUUGGCUAGGCACGAGGACAUGGAUGGGUACACCAAAGCAAGAAUUGAGAGGCUGCUGAGUGAAUUGGUAUAGUCUAUCAAUUUUAUGAUUCCUCCUCUUGUUGUUCAUCGGGACGGCAUUAUUUGUGUUCAAUAC